UGUCAGAUCGAGUGAUUAAGAACGAAUAGAGAUUUGACUUUAGAGUUGGGGAGUGGAAACUAGCGAUUGAAAACGAUAACAUAGAAAAUGUGGGCAAGUCCGGCCUUCUCUUACCUUUUAUCGUAAUCGCUCAGAAAUCUUCUCGUCAUCGUGCCAGUCAGCCAUCCAUUCAUUCGUUCGCUGUUCACCUCUAUCUCUAUCUCCGUUAAUCGCCGUACUUUAGCAACGCAGUUUUCCUUACCCUUCUUCACGUGCCGUGUUUCUCCGUCUGCUGCCGCUGAAAAAAAUCCUUUGCUCAUCUUUUCAUUGGCGACGGAUCGAUCCGCGGAGGGCUUGUUCAUUCCGUUUAGGGCUUGAUCGAGAGAAGAAAAUGAAAAUAGAGGAACGAUAAAUGCUUGGCGUCUCUUUUCGCAGCGAGUUUCGAAGUGGUGAUCUAGCGGUAGUUUACGGUUGAAAUAGUCUGUCGGUCGCCUCGUUCCGGGCGGCCCGUAGAAUAAUUAAAUACAAACGUCGCAGACAGAUAUUCGUAGACUAGCCCAGCUCUCAACGAUGGAGGAGACGGACACGUAGUUAUGUGUAUUUCUGUUAUAGGCAGGAGACGAAUAUAGUUUGCAGUUGGAACCCUAAAAGCUUCUAUUUUUCACUGCGGGAUGUCUAGUGGUCGAUCCGGCGCCGGGAUGAAGAAGUCCAAGCCAAGUAGAAAAGUUUUGGAUUCGUACACGAUCAAGGGCACCAACAGCGUCGUCAAAGCCGGAGACUGUGUGAUUAUGCGAGCGCCAGAACCCGGGAAGCCGCCAUAUAUUGCGAAGGUGGAAAAGAUCGAAUCAGAUAGCCGGAAGCAUGCCAUCGUACGCGUGCGGUGGUAUUAUCGCCCGGAGGAAUCGAUCGGAGGGCGAAGGCAGUUUCACGGCUCCAAGGAGGUUUUUCUCUCCGAUCAUUUCGACGAGCAGAGCGCCGAUACAAUUGAGGGCAAAUGUACUGUACAUACCUUUAAAAGCUACAUCAAGCUUGAUAGCGUGGGCGCCCAAGAUUAUUUCUGUCGCUUCGAAUACAAAGCUGCGACCGGAGGGUUUAUGCCGGAUAGGGUGGCGGUAUACUGUAAAUGCGAAUUGCCAUAUAACCCGGAUGUCUUGAUGGCACAGUGCGAAGAAUGCAAGGAUUGGUUCCAUCCUCCAUGUAUGAAUCUAACUGCAGAACAAGUUAAAAAGAUGGAUCAUUUCUUUUGCUCAGAUUGUAGAGAGGAUGGUGACAAGAAGCCACUUAAUUCUGUGAAAGAUUUACACCGUAUCGAGCAAAAGGAACCUGAGCCAAAGCGGCGAAGAUUGCAACGUAGCAAGUGAUUAUUUAACAGGAGGCUCAUUAGAAAUCAAGGGACUCUGGACUGGAAAUUGUCAAGCUUCCACACCUUGUUUAGGUACAAUCAAAUUUCUAAAGUUGGAUCGUUUCAAAAUCUAGUUGGGUUUUUACCUAUAUGGACAACGUGCUAAGAAAACAAAGUCCUUACCUUGUGCACCUUGGGAACAAUUGUACUUCUAGUAAUUAUUUCUUCUUGUUUACUAUAAACAUGAACUAAUUUAUUAAGAUGGCCAUUUGCCAUCAGAUACGUAGAUUUUUGCUGACGGCCAAUCUGUGUCAAUCACCAUAUUCAGAAGACUCCAACUGAACAUUGAGAUUGUGUUGAAAAUAUGGUGGAGCAGAUUGCAUUCCCAUCCAUUUGGGAUUUUAUAGUAUGAACAUUCUACAGUUGAGAACACUAAAUUUGAACAUCGUGAAGGCACAUACUGUAACUUUAACAUUGCUUGGAAAAUUCUGCCUGAUCUUAUUUUGUGCACAUCUUAGUCUAUGGUUGAGUUGGAUUCUCUUUCCUGCUUUAUCUUUUGUGGAAUGGCCCAUCUUAUUGAUGUCAGACAGAGAACAUGUAAAUAAUUGUGGGAAAGGAAAAAAGUAUUAGUUUUCCAGGUUUCCA